AUGAUUCUUCUUUCAGAUAUGGCCAUGCAAUUAUGUAACAGACGUAUCACGCAAGUGACUACUAAUCUUGUUCGACAAGUUGCUAAACCCAUACCCAUGAAAGUCGAAGAUGAUCAUCACGAUGAUGAACAUACACAUAUCGCUGUGCCUAAAACGCCAACACCGCUAACGUUUGUUUCGAUGAGCAAACAAUUACUACGUGGAAACGCCUCCGUCACAACUGGGCUCACUUCUGCUCGCAGUGUGCGUCAUGCGCAUACUGAUAUACAAGUGCCAAGCUUUGACUACUAUCGACGUAAAGCACGUUUGGAUGCAUCGAAAUCCCAUCGCGAUGACGGAGAUACCACAUCACCUUACUCGUACUUAACACCGCUCGGCAUGGCUGUAACAUCAGCUUAUAUGGCAAAAUAUAUCGUUCGCGAUAUUGUUAACUAUGUUGGUCCAGCCAAAGAUGUUAUGUCACUUGCAAAAGUCGAAAUUAGUCUUGAUGCUGUGCCCGAAGGGAAAAAUGCUGUGUUUGAAUGGCGUAAUAAGCCGAUAUUUGUUCGUCAUCGUACGCCUGAAGAGAUUGCUCGAGAGGAAGGUGUUAAUGUUAGUCAACUACGUCAUCCACAAAACGACUCCGAGCGUGUAAAGAAAUCCGAAUGGCUCAUUGUCAUCGGCAUCUGUACUCAUCUUGGUUGUAUUCCCAUUGCUAAUGCCGGUGAUUAUGGUGGAUACUAUUGCCCUUGCCAUGGUUCUCAUUAUGAUGCAUCUGGACGUAUACGAAAAGGUCCUGCACCAUUGAAUCUUGAAGUUCCUCAAUACACAUUCAAAGAUGACAGUACAGUUAUUAUUGGCUAG